UACAGUAACAGCGACCUACGCCAAUGGCUGUGUUAAAUGCUGGCAUUAUCCAACCGCGCAAUGUCUUUACACGAUACGAGAAAAGCGGCAAACACUCGGUCUGGCUUAUCAUCCUCAAUUACCGAAGUUUGUAACUGUCGGAGACGAUAUGGUUUUAUGUUUAUACGACGAAGAAACGAAGACCUUGGAAAGGAUAUUUUGUGGAAGUCACUCGAUGGAUGUCAUGGAUGGCCAUAAGUCCAGAGUUUUCAGCGCUUGUUUCCACCCCAAAUCCGCAUACGAGCUAAUAAGCGCCGGCUGGGACGAUACCGUUCAAUUUUGGGACACCAGACAAGCUCAUUCUCUUCGUUUCAUAUCAGGUGUACACAUGUGCGGAGAUGGCCUAGAUAUUAGUACAAAUGGGAAAGAGAUCCUUACUUGCUCCUGGCAAAGGGAGGAUCCGUUGCAAUUGUGGGACUACGGUAGCGGCAAGCUCAUCGUCAGCUUGGAACCCGAUAGUUAUUCUUCUUUAUUAUACGCCGGAAAAUAUGUGACAAGCAUGUACGUCGCAUGCGGUGGUAGCGACACCGAUCUCUUCAGGGUUGUCGAUCUGCGAUCUCAUGCUACUAUAGCUAUGAUCAGAUACUUCAAGGGCGGUGUAUAUAGCUUGGACAUCGGACCGAAUCGAUUAGAAUCGAAGCCGGGUAAACGGCCGACUCUUCCGAAACUCGCUUUUUGCGCUGGAACGACGAUUUUUGAGGUGGACGCGCAACCUGGUUAAUUGAUUUGUGAUGCAUACAUUUUUGAUACGCAAAAAUAUACAUUAUUCUGCAAUUUACACAACUUAGUUUAAUGAUUCAGAACUUGAAAAUAGAUUGUUUUACAUAUUUCUAAGCAAAGCUGACUGCUCUAACACAUUUGUAAAUAUCCAGUCGAUAAGAUAAAAACUUUGAUAUUUUUUUUUAUAAAAUAGCGCUUUCAUAUAUAUUCUGCAGAAUAAUAUACAAUAAUUAUUUUCGCCUAGCAAACGCAUUAAUUUUUUUCUUUUUGUAACAAACUCAAAAUACGAUAUCGCUGUACAUAAUGCGCUUUAGAGAUAAAAUAAUAAAAGAGAGAAAAAUGAUAAUAAAUACUGAAUAAUGCUUUUCAAUGUUUUUCAAUGAAACGACACCAGCUAUGUUCUCAAGCAAUAAACAAUGUAUUUUAUUUAAUACAAACUAUAGUACAAAAUUUUUAUACAGAACAACGUACGGUUUUAUCAUCAUUUCUCAUAUGACAGCAAGUUCCCGUAUCGAACGAACGCACACACUUAAGCAAGACUUAAGAGAUGAGGGGGGGGGGGACUGGGACGGUCGAAGGAAAGGGGGGGAUAGGGAUCAAGGGGGACAUCACUAAAACUGAGCACAUCGAUUUGUGACAAUACAAACUUACUUGACACGAGCAAAUUCAUCAGUUGACAAGCGACUCGGUAUAGAAAAAAGAUCGCUCGCGCACAAAACACGCUGAGAGAGCAGAAAGCGCAUCGUUUUUUUUAGUACUCGCACCAAGGACGACGCGUCCUGUUUUUCACAAUACUUGUGAAUAAUUAUAAUAUAUUCAUGCAACCGUUGUAGAUUCCAUAUGGCAGUCUCAUUGAAAUCUUGCAUUCGACUAAUUACAAACAUUUCGCAUAUACUCUAAACUUUCACGAUUCUGCUGGACACUCGAGACUCUGAAAUUUUUCCUCCUCGCAACACGAAAGAGGACGCGUCGUCUCCGGCUGUGAGCUAUCGCAGAAAGAAAAAAAAAACAGAUCCUCCUUAUAAAUCGCAUCCGAUUGUACUUAACCGUGUAAGUAGAUAAUAGUUAAUCUCUAGGGUGCGAUCCAACAGACUAUUCGGAAAAAACUACGUGUUCCGGCACAUCUCGCGCCCGAUAUCUACAAAUCUAAACGAUCAACGAGCCUAAUUUGGUUGAAACGCGUUUGUAAUAAAAUAGAUUUAUUACACGAUAAUCGCGACGCGCCCGCGAAGCGCCUCUCAGUUAGCGGUCGCAUUCUGUCAGAGUACAUCAGAGUAUAAAAUUGGUCGUCAAUGCGCGGUAAAUCGGGUUUUCCCUUGUUUUCUUUUCGUCUAAACUAAACCUUCCGCGUGGAAACGUGCGCGAUUUACAAAAUUAAAUCGUGAUGAGUCGAGAUGAUAUGUGUUUAAAAAAAUAUUUACGCUUAAAAAAAAUAUAGACGCUCCAGGUCGAUCGAUGGAAAAGUACAGUACGCGCACGUACUCUAUGUAUCUUUCCGUUGCCACUUCAUUGUACUUUUUUUUUUUUUUCGACUUAUCGGAAUCAAUGGCGGAACUUCCUGAUGCACUAUCGUCGCUGCAUCGUCAGCCGUUGAAAAGCGUCGCACGACCAACCGAUCUUGAAUUAACUGUGAUAAGGAUAAUCUAUAAUAGUAGGAGUACUAAGAGCGGGUUAAAUAACAAUUAAUGAGACGAGUGAGGUACCUAAUUCGCAAGAGCAACGCCCGUUUCAGACUAUAACUCGCUCUCUAUUGGAUCACAUGCAGCAGAGAUCCGAAUUCGAAUACGCGUACGAAUUACGUAAACCUAAACGUUGAGGCGGCGGAUCAAGCCCCGAUAAAAAUCUAACGAGACUUGAUUUCUCUUAAUUAAAUCGAAAUCUGUCGCGUUGCAACAUACAUCACACACUUCCGGAUAAGACAAUACGUAAUACUAAAUUAUUAUCUUACAAUUUAAGAGAGAAGAAUCUAUCCCAUUACGUUAUCUAUCUCCGACUGACUGAUUCCGCAUAAUUCCGCAGUCAUGCAAAAUAUGGCCGUUAACGAGAAAGAUCAAGGAGGAAUCACUUCUCGGGGUUUCGUGAAACGAUCAGAAGCUCGUGAAUUUUGGUACCCCCGCCUUUUUCCGAUCACACUCGUGCUUCCAGAACAGUCGCUCAACAGAAAAAAAAAUACACACACUCCGCUACGUCGUGUCCUCGCACACUGUGCAUCACUCUAAUCACAUUAUCACCUAUAAAUUACUAAUAGUGUGGCUUAACAUUACAUUAUCUCGAGGUCUCGUCGUAUGUAACUUUUGUUCCGUACACGUUACGACAAAAUCGACAGAAAGUCGCUUCGCGGCGGAUCGGGAGAUUUAUCGUCUCGCGAAGCAACUUCAAAUCCGACGAAAAGAGACAGAGAAAGAAAAAAAAAGAGAAGAGAUUAAGAAAGCGAAGCAGAAGAAAGGUCAGCGUGCGCCCGAGGCUCAGACCUUACAUUCACAGCCUGACUGAGCACUCGGCUCUUCUUUCUCGUGUUUUCUUUUUUCCAUCGCGGACCGAAACCUAUCUACGCCGCCUAUCGCGUAAAAUCCAUUCCGCGCCGUACAUUUCUCGUAUUUAACGCACACACGUUUGAUUCCGAGCCCACUAACUUACGACGAAGUAAUAUAGGAAUAACAUUUAUCUCUUCCUUAAUUUACGUUGACCUCCUUCUCGACGCGCAGCCUCGUGAUUGUUGCAUUUCCAGCUUAAAAUAAUUGAACUAAGCCAAGAUUAUACAAGUUGACGAGAAGGAACUUAAAGCGCCUGUCGUUGUUUCAUCGUAAAAAAAGAUCCGAACGCUUGCGCGAAAUGAUCGUCUUACAAAUAAUAAUUGAUUAUCUUACCGAGAUGACAAAAUCGUGAAUGAAACGAUCGUACAAGCGACUUGAUGCGAUUGAUGCGACUGUUGUGCGGCAGUAAUGAUAAGAAAGAAAAAAAAAAAA